CAACAACAACAACAACACAACACACACCAUGGUUGAAAAGCGACCACCAAGUCCUGGCUUCAUCUCUAAUCCAUUCAUCAAAAAAAGAAAUCUCGAAUGGACUCUCGACUCACCAUCGCCCUCACAGCCACCAACAACUGCUGACAUAGAAUCUGGAUCAGCCACUGUAGAGGACCAUCUCUCGCAUUUCAAAGCGCACCUCUCUAGCCAUAUAUUAAGCCAAUCGCCACUAUCAAUAUCAUCGUAUAGCUCACUAUACACCGAAAACUUUGGAAGCUCUGCAGGUGCUCAUUUCGUCAUUCAUCAACAUGACCACCCAAUUGCUGGCACGCACUAUGACCUCCGUCUUCAGAUCAAUGAGACCAGCAGCGCCAGCUGGGCGAUCAUGUACGGACCCCCGGGCGACCCUCAGAGCAUACGGUUGAAUCGAAACGCGACAGAGACGCGAAUUCAUUGUCUAUGGAAUCACCUCAUAGAGACUGCCUCAACCUCGACUGGCUCACUUCUCAUUUGGGAUACGGGAACAUAUAGCAUCCUCCCCCGUCAAAGCAAGCAUGCCCCAGCGACUGAUCCGUCCUCUCCAACGUCCUCACCAGGUCCAUCUUUCGCGCCAACACAGCAAGCUCUUCUGCACGCCGCUUUUCAGAACCGCAAGAUCCGCAUUCGACUGCACGGAUCGCGCUUACCUGAUCCAUAUGUCCUGAACCUUCGUUUAACCAGGUCAGAAGAUGUGGCCGGCAGAGCAAGGAGCGGAAGAACAUCUCGGAAACGACGACGUCGUCAUGCCCAGACGGAGACGCAACCUGAGACGAGUGGUGAUGAUAGUGAGAGUGAUGAAAGUGAGGAUGUCCCUUCAAACACUGAUGCGGGAACCAACGCAGACAAUCUUUCCGCCAUGGAACGUGAGAUACGUGAGCUUGAAGAUGAAGAGGUCCGAAGAACAAAUGCAUAUCCAGGGGCUUCCAACACCAUCGGUAGUGUACAUCAACGACGAUGGUAUCUUUCACUUGAUCGCCCGGCUUGUGGGUUUGUGGAACAAAGAACCAAGAACCGUUCAGUUUGGGAACUGGAAGACGGUACGGAGACCAAAAACAAACAGAGCGACAAUGGACGCUUGCCAUACCCAUUCCACGUCCGGGGGCCAGAUCAUGAGCGUAGUGUAUUAACAGGACGGCUAGGAGCUGAUAUUCUCCAAGACGAGGGCGUGGAUAAAUUUAUUCAACGUCAAGGUUGGAAGCCAGUGCUGAAAUGAUACUCCCCGGGAAAAAAAAAAAAAAAAAAAAAAAAAAAGACAUGCGCAGUGUCUGAACAGACUAUCAAAAUUUAUUGUGUAGACUACAUAAUACCUAGGCUUGUGCCACGUUCCCAUUUUCCCAUCCGAGUGCAUGGCUGUAUAGCUCGUCUACCUUGAUACCUGGCGGAGAUCAUAUCCCGUAGACUGGCCAGGACGACCACCUCGCCAUAAUCCCAUGUAAAUCAAUCCGUCUCAACCAGACUCAUCAAACGCCAUCCCAUGCUUGCUAAAUCGCGGAUCCACAUGUCUGUGAAGACCGAAUCACACCCAACCCUGUCACUGCAGAAACAAAGAAAAAACAUACUUUUGAAAUAGCAGUAUUAUACCCCCUUUCAGCACGUCUUGAAGCCUAACUUUUGGGCUCCACCAGAGUCGGAGCAAUUCGCCUCUUCUUGGGCUCCUUGCCGUCUUCCUUUUCGCCUUCACUGGCAUCGCGCUUAGUGCCCGCACUGCCUGUGGUACUUCGAGGAGUCUCAGGAGGUGUUGUGAGCGGAACACCAGUCACCUUGCCA